CUCGCCCUCAUUCACCAAUCCUCUCUCUCAUCUCAUUUUAACCUCACUGAGAGCACUUUCUCUCUCUGACCUCGCCGUCGCCUUGUAACUUGUUUUUUACUACGUGGAUUGCAGGCGUUCUAGGACGGUCGUCUUUUGUUUUAGAACUUUGCUGUUGUUGUAGUUAAGAGUACUCAAGAUGGUGAAGUUCACAGCUGACGAGCUUCGUAGGAUUAUGGACUACAAGCACAACAUUCGUAACAUGUCUGUUAUUGCACAUGUGGAUCAUGGGAAAUCCACACUUACUGAUUCUCUUGUGGCUGCUGCUGGUAUCAUUGCUCAAGAAGUUGCUGGUGAUGUCCGGAUGACAGAUACCCGGGCAGAUGAAGCUGAACGUGGUAUCACCAUCAAGUCUACUGGCAUAUCUCUCUACUAUGAGAUGACUGAUGAGUCACUGAAGUCGUUCAAAGGAGAGCGUAAUGGGAAUGAAUACCUUAUCAAUCUAAUUGAUUCUCCUGGACACGUUGAUUUUUCUUCCGAGGUCACAGCUGCCCUUCGAAUUACUGAUGGUGCUCUUGUGGUGGUUGAUUGUGUUGAGGGUGUCUGUGUCCAAACAGAAACUGUUCUCCGACAGGCUUUGGGUGAAAGGAUCCGACCGGUGUUAACUGUUAACAAGAUGGACAGGUGCUUCCUUGAGCUCCAGGUCGAUGGAGAGGAGGCUUACCAGACAUUCCAGAGAGUGAUUGAAAAUGCUAAUGUGAUCAUGGCCACGUACGAGGAUCCCCUCCUUGGUGACGUUAUGGUGUACCCUGAGAAAGGAACAGUUGCUUUCUCAGCUGGGUUGCACGGCUGGGCUUUCACUCUGACCAACUUUGCUAAGAUGUAUGCUUCCAAAUUUGGUGUCGAUGAGUCUAAGAUGAUGGAGCGUCUCUGGGGCGAAAACUACUUUGACCCUGCCACCAAAAAGUGGACCACCAAGAAUUCUGGCUCUGCUACUUGCAAGCGUGGAUUUGUUCAGUUCUGCUAUGAACCCAUUAAGCAGAUCAUCAACACUUGCAUGAAUGACCAGAAAGACAAGCUGUGGCCCAUGUUGCAGAAGCUUGGUGUCACAAUGAAGUCUGAUGAGAAGGAGUUGAUGGGGAAGGCUCUGAUGAAGCGUGUCAUGCAGACCUGGCUUCCAGCGAGUAGUGCCCUCCUGGAAAUGAUGAUCUUCCAUCUCCCUUCUCCUUCCACUGCUCAAAGAUAUCGUGUUGAGAAUUUGUAUGAGGGACCCCUUGAUGAUCAGUAUGCGAAUGCUAUUAGGAACUGUGAUCCCGAGGGGCCUCUCAUGCUGUACGUGUCCAAGAUGAUUCCUGCUUCUGACAAGGGAAGGUUCUUUGCCUUUGGGCGUGUGUUCGCCGGGAAAGUGUCGACUGGUUUGAAGGUUAGAAUCAUGGGUCCGAACUAUGUCCCUGGAGAGAAGAAGGACUUGUAUGUUAAGAGUGUGCAAAGAACUGUUAUUUGGAUGGGAAAGAAGCAGGAAACCGUGGAAGACGUACCUUGUGGGAAUACAGUGGCUUUGGUUGGUUUGGACCAGUAUAUCACUAAGAAUGCUACCUUGACGAAUGAGAAGGAAGCGGAUGCCCACCCAAUCCGAGCAAUGAAGUUCUCAGUUUCACCUGUCGUUCGUGUGGCUGUUCAGUGCAAGGUUGCCUCUGACUUGCCCAAGCUUGUUGAAGGCCUCAAACGUCUGGCUAAAUCUGACCCUAUGGUGGUCUGUAGUAUUGAGGAGUCUGGGGAGCACAUCAUUGCUGGUGCAGGAGAGCUGCACCUUGAAAUCUGUCUGAAGGAUUUAGUGGACGAUUUCAUGGGUGGAGCUGAAAUUAUCAAGUCAGAUCCUGUUGUGUCUUUCCGUGAGACGGUUCUUGAGAAGUCGUCACGCACUGUCAUGAGCAAGUCGCCAAACAAGCAUAACCGUCUAUACAUGGAAGCUAGACCCUUGGAGGAGGGCCUUGCUGAGGCCAUUGACGAUGGACGUAUUGGCCCAAGGGAUGACCCCAAGGUCCGAUCUAAAAUAUUGUCGGAGGAGUUCGGUUGGGACAAGGAUCUCGCAAAAAAGAUAUGGUGUUUUGGGCCGGAAACCACUGGGCCUAACAUGGUUGUGGAUAUGUGCAAGGGAGUUCAAUACCUGAAUGAAAUCAAGGAUUCUGUCGUUGCUGGGUUCCAAUGGGCGUCAAAAGAAGGGGCACUAUCGGAAGAAAACAUGAGGGGUAUUUGCUUUGAAGUUUGUGAUGUGGUUUUGCAUGCGGAUGCUAUUCACAGAGGAGGUGGGCAGGUCAUUCCGACUGCCCGGAGGGUCAUUUACGCUUCCCAGCUGACUGCCAAGCCCAGACUUUUGGAGCCUGUAUACUUGGUGGAGAUCCAGGCACCUGAACAAGCCCUUGGGGGAAUUUACAGUGUUCUGAAUCAAAAACGUGGUCAUGUAUUUGAGGAAAUGCAGAGGCCGGGUACCCCCCUUUACAACAUCAAGGCUUACCUUCCUGUUAUAGAGUCGUUUGGUUUCUCUAGCACUUUGAGGGCAGCAACUUCAGGGCAGGCCUUUCCGCAGUGCGUUUUUGAUCAUUGGGAUAUGAUGAUGUCUGAUCCAUUGGAAGUUGGGUCACAGGCGGCAACCCUUGUGUCAGAUAUUCGCAAGAGGAAAGGGUUGAAGGAACAGAUGACACCGCUGUCCGAGUUCGAGGACAAGCUGUAAGUCAUCGCUUCUCAGAUUAUUCAAUCCAAGCUACUAGUUCAGAUGAUAGUGAAUGGUCGAUGAGAGACAGUAAUGCUGGACUGGAUAAUUUUGUUGGUUUUGUCUAUUGAGAUUCUCAUUUUUCGAUGGUCUGUUGUAGAACAUUUGGUUCAUGGGAGUUGAUUCCCUCGGUAUUAUGUUUGCAUCUUAUUCUGUGAACGAGUUUUGGAACUCUCUCUCAGUUAUCUUUUCAGGUAACGUUUUUGAUUUUCAGAGUGUAAUCGGAUGUGGUUUGAACCUCUUUGAGAUGCAUUUGUUCUGCCAUUUUGAUCAGUAGUUAGUGGUUGCAAAUGAGCUCCAUCUAAAUUAACGAUGUAUCCUGUAUUUGAAAAAAAUAGUGAUCUUCUUC